UGUCCGGUCAAACACACACACUCACUCACUCACUCACACACACACACACUCACACUCACAGACUGUCAUCUCACCACAGUUGUGCGCAGACUGAGGAAAUUAAGGAAAUACCGGAGGAGCAGAAGAAGGAGGUGAAGAAGACGAAGAAGAAGACGGAGGAGGACGCAGCAGCCGUUGACGCAAACUGAAACUUUGAGCGAUGGAGAAUUUGUCCAGCAUCAACCGGUUUCGUUCCGCAGUGUUCAACCACGACGAUGAGUAGAAGAUUGCAGUGUACUGUCCAGUUGCAAUGGAGGACAGUGACCAUGAGGCACACUCUUCAGCAGACGAGCAGGACUGCCCUCCCUCCCCCAAUCACAGCAGGGACCAUGAUGCAGAGGAGCAUUCAAGCCUUUCAGAUGACUCAGAGGUAGAGAACAUUAUGCAAGACCCUCACCACCAAGGAGGGCACGGCCAUCACCACCAUGACCACCAUGAGUACGAGCACCAUCAUCACCAUCAGGCCCCUGAGAAUCAUGAUGUUGACAGGGAAGCUGAGGGUGAAGACCGCCCCCACACCCCGUCUUCUUUGCGGCCCCCUGUGGCUGGCAGGGCACAGUCAGAUUCAGGUUCAGACCCCAGCUUUCCUCAGAGCAGGAGUGUGGAGUUUGACUUGCCGUCUCCUGUCAGUCCGUCCAGGCCCAAGAGCCCCUGGGGUCGAUUUGACCCAUACAGCAAUAAUGAGGACCAGGACAAGGAAUACGUUGGUUUCGCAACGUUGCCAAACCAGGUGCAUCGCAAGUCCGUCAAGAAGGGAUUUGACUUCACACUCAUGGUGGCAGGGGAGUCUGGCCUGGGAAAGUCCACUCUGGUCAACAGCCUGUUUCUCACAGAUCUUUACAAAGAUAGGAAGCUGCUCAAUGCUGAAGAGCGAAUCACACAAACUGUAGAAAUCACCAAACACACGGUGGAUAUAGAAGAGAAAGGUGUGAAACUGAAGCUCACCAUCGUGGACACACCUGGGUUUGGAGACGCUGUAAACAACUAUGAAUGCUGGAAGUCGGUGGCUGACUACAUCGACCAGCAGUUCGAGCAGUACUUCAGGGACGAGAGCGGCCUCAACCGCAAGAACAUCCAGGACAACCGUGUGCACUGCUGCCUCUACUUCAUCUCGCCCUUCGGUCAUGGCCUUCGACCUUUGGAUGUGGAAUUUAUGAAAGCUCUGCAUGAGAAGGUCAACAUCGUGCCUGUUUUGGCCAAAGCCGACACCCUCACCCCGAGUGAGGUGAAGAAAAAGAAAUUCAAGAUCAGAGAAGAGAUUGAGCAGUACGGUAUUAAGAUUUACCAGUUUCCUGACUGUGACUCUGACGAAGAUGAGGACUUUAAGCAGCAGGACCACGAGCUGAAGGAAAGUAUUCCCUUUGCUGUGAUCGGCAGCAACACAGUGGUGGAGGCCAAAGGGAAGAGGGUGAGGGGCCGUCUGUAUCCCUGGGGCAUCGUAGAAGUGGAGAACUCGGCACACUGUGAUUUUGUGAAGCUGAGGAACAUGCUCGUCCGCACGCACAUGCAAGAUCUGAAGGACGUGACCCGGGAGACCCACUACGAGAACUACAGAGCCCAGUGCAUCCAGAGCAUGACCCGCAUGGUGGUGAAGGAACGCAACCGCAACAAACUAACCCGGGAGAGUGGCACAGACUUCCCUCUCCCAGCGGUGUCCGGAGUGGCAGACAGCGAGACGGAAAAACUCAUCCGAGAGAAAGAUGAGGAGUUGCGGCGGAUGCAGGAGAUGCUGCAGAGGAUCCAGGAUCAGAUGCACACUCAGAAAGACGCCUAUUAACACAGGACACCAGUCACACCACGUACGUGUCUCUCCAUCACUGGGAUUAAAAAAAACAAAAAACAACAGGAAACCUUAAUUCCUCUCGAGAACAUUGACCACAUGUCCACCCAAACACCGCUCAGCGUCAUCAGGGACCUGCGAGGAGGUGGUAAGACGGUCUGACAUUUGCAGCUCAUCAACUCUCUUUAUCCUCCACAGGGUCUGACAUUAACUGCACCGCUGCUGCAAAACACUCCACCUUCCUCCACUCUGCUGUUUUCUGUCAAAAAGUAUCAAAUGAUUAUAAAAUGGCCAGAUCUGAUGUUUGUCUGAAGGAAUCAGUCUAUAGUUUGAGGGUUAGUUCACGUAUCUGAACUUUAUUUAGCCACAUGUUCGCAGGGUUCUUGUUUUACUUUAUUUUUAUUUUUUACAUGAGGUCUUAUAUGAGGUUUACAUCAUCAAGUACUGGUGACCUGCUCAGAUUUUUUUAUAAGCACGCUUUUCUGGUGCAAGUGUUCAUUUUUUAUUAUAAAGGUCAACAUGCAUAUAUAUAUACUGUCAUAAUUUAAUUUUCUAUAAUACACCCACAGUCCUUUUUUCUACUGUUUUGCAUCUUUUACUGUGCGUGUCCCUAGUUUUUCUUUAACUACACCUCACAGCACUGCUUGACAUGAUGUAUAGAUGAUUGUUUUAUGUAGCAGUUGAUUUGGUCUAAACUUAAUAUGAUGGUUGUUUCAUUUAUAUUUGAAGCUUUAUCAGUUUUCAGCAUGGAUGCUUGACAUCAGCCACAACUCACAUAAGAAUUCAUUAUUCAUUAUUGCUUGUUGAUCACCAUAUCUACAUUUGAAAUAAUCCAGAUUUUUAAAUGACAAAGGAAGUCCUUUAUUAUUAUUUCUAUUUGGAAAUAUCCCCAAAUCAAAGUUGUUUCAGAGUCGGUUCGUCUCAUACAUGUUCGACCUGUUUCAUCAGAUCACAUGUGAGAGCUGAUGACUCGCCAGUGGUCAGAGAGGAUCUGGAGUUUAAAAAGACAAGACCCUUGAUUUUGCAUGAGCUGAGCGUCUAAGAGAGGGGUCGCACCAGAGUCCAUGCAGUGUAUUUAUUUUUGCAUGUGUUUUGUGAAGGUUACUCAGAUUGCAGAUCAGUGUAGUGAUCACAUGGUUAUUUAUGGGCAGAGAAAAUAUGUACUUUCUGAGGAAAAUAGUUUUGGUUGGUUUGAAUGAUGUCCUCACUUCAUGGGAACUUGAACGUGUGCUAACUUUAACGUUUAUAACCAAAGCCAACAACGACAAACUUCAUUGUCCUAAAUGUUUCCUUUUCAAAGAGUGGGUUUCGUUUUAUUUUGACAUGAAGAAUAUUGUUUUGGAAUAACUGGUCAAAGCCAAGAGUGACGGAACUCUGACGAUUCUGCCAUGUUGUGUGACCUUUGUUUUAAAAGAAAAAAAAACAUUCCUUGAGCUUCUGUCCCAGAGUCAGGUAUUACUUCUUUUUCUUUCUUUUUUUCUUAAUUGAGUUGUUUUAUAUUUGACUUUUUUGUUAUUCUACUCUUGGAGUAUUUAUGUAAUAAAUUUAAAAAACGAAAUACAUAUGAAGAGGACGAUAUGUACAAAUUCUAAUAUUGU